AGCAGCCAAAACAUCAGGCCGAAGUCGAGUCCGCCCUUUGUUGCUCGUAGGACAAUCACGAUGAGCAUGCAAUUCUCUUAAUAUUUACACAUUAUGUUCUCCUCUUCAGGAAGUGGCAAGAAGCCGCCUCUACAGGAGAUGGUUCAGGUCGACAGGUCCGACUCAGCAUCCCCGUUCUGGAGAGGCCCGCAGAGAGAGUCAAGUGUAACGGGGAAGAAGGCGAGCCGAGACCCGAGCCUUGUUGUCGGGUCAGCCUAUUCGCAUGCCGAUGCUCUCAAAGUCGACUCGCUGAACCUCUCAGGCUCGGGCUCUCGACCAAAGACCCCGCCGACCUCCGCCUCAGCACAUGCCCGAAGCUCAACCGCCUCACCCCAAGCGAAGCCACCGGCCCGGCGGUCGUCUCCGCCGCUGAAGACCUACAUGAACUUCCUAUCCAACACCAACGAUGACUGGAACGUCGAUGACGCAGAGGACAUGUAUGGCUAUGAAGAUGACGACGGCGACGACUUUGGGCUUCCAAGCCUGUCGAACAUGAAAAGGAGGACCAGGCGGAUUGCAGCCCAGAACAGGCCGGGCGGCCCCAGUGGCGGCCUGUCGCCGAUAGACGAUGGAUUUGGCCUCAAGACGCGGCGAUACUCCGACAGCGCCGACAUUGCCAUCGAACGCCCAGCACCGGCCUAUCCCGUGCCCAAGAAGAGCGAAGGGAAGAUACUACGACCGCAGUACAAAGACAUUCUUAGCGACCCCGCGAACGCAUUACAUCUCAUAGACCACCCAUCAGCCCCGGCUAACGCGACUCCCAAGGAGGUCGAUGCUAUAAAUUCGAGGAUAACCAGGAUAAACAAGUUUAAGAAGAUCCUCCAGGCCUCAACGAUACCCCUACCCGAACUCAGAGCGCUGGCAUGGUCCGGCGUGCCGGAAGAAGUCCGAGCGAUAACGUGGCAGCUGCUUCUGAGCUACCUGCCGACCAGCAGCGAGAGGAGAGUUGCGACGCUGGAGCGGAAACGAAAGGAAUACUUGGACGGGGUGCGGCAAGCCUUCGAAAGAGGAGGGAAUGCGGCGAGCCCGAGCGGGAAGGCGAGAGGCCUGGACGAGGCUAUCUGGCACCAGAUCAGCAUAGACGUUCCCCGAACCAGCCCCCACAUCGAACUGUACAGCUACGAGGCAACCCAGCGCUCGCUGGAGCGGAUAUUGUACGUCUGGGCGGUGCGGCACCCGGCGAGCGGCUAUGUCCAGGGGAUCAACGACCUCGUCACCCCGUUUUGGCAGGUAUUCCUGGGCAUGUAUAUCACCGAUCCGGACAUCCAAAGUGGCAUGGACCCCGGCCAGCUCCCUAAGGCGGUGCUGGAUGCGGUCGAGGCCGACUCAUUCUGGUGCCUGACAAAGCUCCUCGAUGGGAUCCAAGAUCACUACAUCGUUGCACAGCCGGGCAUUCAGCGCCAGGUUGCUGCCCUGCGAGACCUCACAGCCAGGAUAGACGAGGGGCUUGCUAGACACCUGGAGAGGGAAAAUGUCGAGUUCAUACAGUUCAGCUUCAGGUGGAUGAACUGUCUCCUCAUGAGGGAGAUCAGCGUCAAGAAUACUAUCAGAAUGUGGGACACUUAUAUGGCCGAAGAGCAAGGCUUCUCCGAAUUCCAUCUCUACGUCUGCGCGGCUUUCCUGGUGAAGUGGUCCGACAAGCUCGUCAAGAUGGACUUCCAGGAGAUUAUGAUGUUCCUCCAGUCACUGCCGACGCGCGACUGGACCGAGAAGGACAUCGAGCUCCUGCUCAGCGAGGCCUACAUCUGGCAGAGCCUCUUCAAAGGCUCGUCGGCGCAUCUGCGUAGUCCCGCAAACAGGACCCCGUCCAUGCACAUGCAGCUAUGACGAGCUGAACAGCCCAUCUAUCCGUUAAGGUGCAGCGUCCGGGAAUUCUGUCCGAAAGAGCCAUCACAGCACCCGACUCAAUCC